GCAGCCGAGGAGGGCCGCGGCUCCGCUCGGCUCGGCUCGGCGCGGCGCGGCUCCGCUCGGCGCUGCCGGUCCCCGGUGCCGCCGCCGUCACUCGCCCCGCCCGUGCGCGGUUCGGCGCGGCGGGGUGCGGGACGCGGCGCUCACCGGCACAGCGGCGGCCGGGGCUCAGCGGGGCCGGGCCCGGGAUGCGCGCCCGGCGGCUCCCCGGGGGCAGCGGGGGCCGCUGAUGCUGCGGGGACCGCGGGGUCUGCGGGGGCGGCGGGGGUGGCUCGGCGCGGCCCCGCCCGCGGCGGGGGCCAUGUGAGCGCGGAGCCGGCAGGAUGCAGAAGGGGAUGCGGCUCAAUGACGGGCACGUCGCCCACCUGGGGCUGCUGGCGAAGAAGGACGGGGCCCGGCGCGGAUACCUGAGCAAGCGGAGCGCCGACAACACGAAAUGGCACACCAAGUGGUUCGCGCUGCUCCAGAACAUGCUCUUCUACUUCGAGACCGACUCCAGCUCCCGGCCCUCGGGGCUCUACCUGCUCGAGGGCUGCGUCUGCGACCGCGCGCCCUCCCCCAAGCCCCCCCUCUCGGCUAAGGACUCCCUGGAGAAGCAGCACUACUUCACCGUUAACUUCAACCAUGAGAACCAGAAGAGCCUGGAGCUGAGGACGGAGGACGCCAAGGACUGCGACGAGUGGGUGGCAGCCAUAGCUCACGCCAGCUACAGGAACCUGGCGACGGAGCACGAGGCGCUGAUGCAGAAGUACCUCCAUCUCCUGCAGAUCGUGGAGACGGAGAAGACUGUUGCCAAGCAACUCCGGCAGCAGAUCGAGGACGGGGAGAUCGAGAUCGAGCGCCUCAAGGCCGAGAUCGCGUCCCUGCUCAAGGACCACGAGCGCAUCCAGGCCAGCCAGAGCAGCGCGCCCAGCGACGACGACAGCGACAUCAAGAAGAUCAAGAAGGUGCAGAGCUUCCUGCGGGGCUGGCUGUGCCGGAGGAAGUGGAAGACCAUCAUUCAGGACUACAUCAGGUCCCCCCACGCCGACAGCAUGCGCAAGAGGAACCAGGUGGUGUUCAGCAUGCUGGAGGCCGAGGCCGAGUACGUCCAGCAGCUCCACAUCCUGGUCAACAACUUCCUGCGGCCGCUGCGCAUGGCCGCCAGCUCCAAGAAGCCGCCCAUCACCCACGACGACGUCAGCAGCAUUUUCCUCAACAGCGAAACAAUCAUGUUUUUGCACCAAAUUUUCUACCAAGGCCUGAAGGCACGGAUCUCCAGCUGGCCCACGCUGGUGCUGGCCGACCUGUUCGACAUCCUGCUGCCCAUGCUGAACAUCUACCAGGAGUUUGUGCGGAACCACCAGUACAGCCUGCAGAUCCUGGCGCACUGCAAGCAGAACCGCGACUUCGACAAGCUGCUCAAGCACUACGAGGCCAAGCCUGACUGCGAGGAGAGGACCCUGGAGACCUUCCUCACCUACCCCAUGUUCCAGAUCCCCAGGUACAUCCUGACCCUGCACGAGCUGCUGGCUCACACGCCCCACGAGCACGUGGAGAGGAACAGCCUGGAUUAUGCCAAGUCCAAGCUGGAAGAGCUGUCCAGGAUCAUGCACGAUGAAGUGAGCGAGACUGAAAACAUUCGGAAAAACCUGGCAAUAGAGAGGAUGAUCAUCGAGGGCUGUGAGAUCCUGCUGGACACCAGCCAGACCUUCGUCAGACAAGGCUCCCUGAUCCAGGUGCCGAUGUCGGAGAAGGGCAAGAUCACGCGGGGCCGGCUGGGCUCGCUGUCGCUCAGGAAGGAGGGCGAGCGCCAGUGCUUCCUCUUCUCCAAGCACCUCAUCAUCUGCACCCGCGGCUCCGGGGGCAAGCUGCACCUCACCAAGAACGGCGUGAUCUCCCUGAUCGACUGCACGCUGGUGGAGGAGCCCGAGAGCACCGACGAGGACGCCAAAACAGGACAAGACAUUGACCACCUCGACUUCAAAAUCGUGGUGGAGCCGAAGGAUUCCUCAUCUUUCACCGUCAUCCUCGUGGCCUCGUCCAGGCAGGAGAAGGCUGCGUGGACCAGUGACAUCAGCCAGUGCGUGGACAACAUCCGCUGCAACGGGCUGAUGAUGAACGCCUUCGAGGAGAACUCCAAGGUCACCGUGCCCCAGAUGAUCAAGUCUGAUGCCAGCUUGUAUUGUGAUGAUGUUGACAUUAGGUUCAGUAAAACGAUGAAUUCCUGCAAGGUCCUGCAGAUCCGCUAUGCCAGUGUGGAGCGGCUGCUGGAGAGGCUGACGGACCUGCGCUUCCUGAGCAUCGACUUCCUCAACACCUUCCUGCAUUCCUACCGCGUCUUCACCACCGCCCUCGUCGUCCUCGACAAGCUCAUCACCAUCUACAAGAAGCCCAUCAGCGCCAUCCCUGCACGGUCCCUGGAGCUCCUGUUUGCAAACAGCCAGAACAACAAGCUGCUCUACGGGGAGCCCCCCAAGUCCCCCCGAGCCAACCGCAAGUUCUCGUCGCCGCCGCCGCUGUCCAUCAGCAAGUCGUCGUCGCCCAGCCGCCGCAGGAAGCUGUCCCUCAACAUCCCCAUCAUCACGGGCGGCAAGGCGCUGGACCUGGCGGCGCUGAGCUGCUCCUCCAACGGCUACGCCGGCGUCUACUCCUCCAUGGCCCCCUUCAGCAAGACCACUCUGGACAUCAACAAGCUCUACGUGUCCAGUAGCUACCCCAACAAGAUCCCGGACGAAGGGGAAGCGGCCUCGGAAAAGCACGAGGAGUCCCUGCCGGGCAAGCAGAGCUCAGAGGUGUCUGUCAGGGAAGAGUCGGACACGGAUCCCAACCACAGCGAUGAAGCAGAGGCUGAAGCUUCCCCAACGAAAUCUCCAACGACUCCCAAGUCCAUCAAGUGCAAAAAUUCAUCAGAUUUCUCGCUGUUUUCCUACAACAACGGCAUGGUCAUGACGUCCUGCCGGGACCUGGACAGCACCCGCAGCGCCCUGUCUGCCACCUCCGCCUUCGCCAUCGCCACGGCGGGGGCCAACGAGGGCACCCCCACCAAGGAGAAGUACCGCAGGAUGUCCCUGGCCAGCGCAGUUUCAGGCUUCCCGACGGACCAGCGGAACGGGGACAAGGAGUUCGUGAUCCGCAGAGCGGCCACCAACCGCGUGCUGAACGUGCUGCGGCACUGGGUGUCCAAACACUCCCAGGACUUUGAGACCAACGAGGAGCUGAAGUUCCGGGUGAUUGGCUUCCUGGAGGAGGUCAUCCACGACCCCGAGCUCCUGACGCAGGAGAGGAAAGCGGCCGCCAACAUCAUCAGGACCUUGACGCAGGAGGAUCCAGGAGACAACCAGAUCACCCUGGAGGAGGUUGUGCAGAUGGCCGAGGGGGUCAAAGCAGAGCCCUUUGAAAACCAUUCCGCCCUGGAGAUCGCAGAACAGCUGACGCUGCUGGAUCACCUGGUCUUCAAGAAGAUCCCAUAUGAGGAAUUCUUUGGGCAAGGCUGGAUGAAGCUGGAGAAGAACGAGAGGACUCCGUACAUCAUGAAGAACACGAAGCACUUCAAUGAUGUCAGCAACCUGAUCGCGUCGGAGAUCAUCCGCAACGAGGAGAUCAACGCGCGCGUCAGCGCCAUCGAGAAGUGGGUGGCGGUGGCCGACAUCUGCCGCUGCCUGCACAACUACAACGCCGUGCUGGAGAUCACCUCCUCCCUCAACCGCAGUGCCAUCUUCCGCCUCAAGAAAACCUGGCUCAAGGUCUCCAAGCAGACGAAGGCUCUGAUUGAUAAGCUCCAGAAGCUGGUGUCGUCGGAGGGCAGGUUCAAGAACCUGAGGGAGGCACUGAAAAAUUGUGACCCCCCGUGUGUCCCCUACCUGGGCAUGUACCUGACGGACCUGGCGUUCAUCGAGGAGGGCACCCCGAACUACACCGAGGACGGCCUGGUGAACUUCUCCAAGAUGAGGAUGAUCUCACACAUCAUAAGGGAGAUCCGCCAGUUCCAGCAAACCUCCUACAAGAUCGAGCACCAGCCCAAGGUGACGCAGUACCUGCUGGACCAGUCGUGCGUGAUGGACGAGGAGUCCCUGUACGAAGCUUCUCUGCGGAUAGAGCCCAAGCUGCCUUCGUGAGCGGCGCGGCCGCCGGACACUCGCUGUACCCCUGUACAUAGCCACGCUCCACGGCGCCCUGGAGCGACCCCCAGUCUGUGCUCCCCCGCCCCCGCCCCGGCCGCGCCCGCGUAGGAUCCCCCGCCCCGCCACGGUGUAACGCGCCGACACUCCGCUGGAGCUCCGGGCUCUGUUCCAUGGUGUUACUUUUGUCAUUUGUUCCUCCUGGGGGGCUGGUGGUCGGGCAGGUGAGCCCUGUGGGGCAGGUGAGUCCCCGUGGGGCAGGUGAGCCCCGUGUCCCUGUGGGGCAGGUGAGCCCUGUGUUCCGAUGGGGCAGGUGAGUCCCUGUGUCCCUGUGGGGCAGGUGAGCCCUGUGUCCCCGUGGGACAGGUGAGCCCUGUGUUCCGAUGGGGCAGGUGAGUCCCUGUGUCCCUGUGGGGCAGGUGAGCCCUGUGUCCCUGUGGGGCAGGUGAGCCCUGUGUCCCCAUGGGGCAGGUGAGCCCCGUGUCCCUGUGGGGCAGGUGAGCCCUGUGUCCCCAUGGGGCAGGUGAGCCCUGUGGGGCAGGUGAGCCCUGUGUCCCCGUGGGGCAGGUGAGCCCGGUGUCCCCGCGGGCAGGUGAGCCCGCUGUCCCGCGGGGCUGGGGGGCAGCACAGAGCAGCUCUCCCUCGGGCCGUGCCGGCGGUUCCAUCCUGGCUGUGUAAGGCGGCAGAAGGGAGCGCGUUAAAGGCUGUCCCUCGGUGCGAGCUGCCCUCCGUGUGUGCGCCCCCCUGGCGCUGGGGGGCCCGGCUGCUGCCCUGCUGCCCCCGAAGCUGGGAAGAUGGAAGCAUCCCCUCGCCUCUCCUCGCUGCAUCCGGCUCCUGUUGAUAUGCUGUAGAUCCGUACCCUUGUGCCCACUCUGAGUACCAUGACGUAGAGUUAGAGAUGACGAGUGUUUUUAUUACAUCUACUGUAAUCCUGGCUAACCAGCCGCUAGCAGGAUAUGGUAAUGUAGUGCUUAUUCUGUGAAUAGUACCUGGGUUUUUUACAUUGUACAGUCCCUGACACGGUUCCCCGGCAGUGGCAGGCAUGCUCCACUCACACAACACUUGCUGUAAGCAAUACCUCGUGGUAUGGGAAUUCUCUUUCAAGCCCUAGAACUAUUUCAACUUACAGCUUGUUUGGGAAAAAAAAAAAAGAGAAAAAAAAGAUAUUUCCUUUUUUUUUUUUUUUUGUAAAAAUAUAUGUUUCCUGAUUACCUCUUGCUAAUAAAUCUAUUCUAUCUCAGGGUGAA